AUGAACCCGGAAGGCUACGAGAACGUUGUAUAUCCAUCCUUGGAUUCGGCGUGGAAAGUUUUGUUCGAGAAGGAGCUCUAUCCGGAUGAAUUAGCACUCGUCGAUGAAAACGCGCGAACGACGUAUCAGAUUCGGAAUCCUUGGGGUUUGCGCACCAAGUGUUAUCUCUUCAGAGAUACGAAAGACUACUUACAACUGCGCGAGAACGAUCGGUGCGUCGAAGAUGGAACAUCGAUACCACCACUAACCUCAACUACUACGACACCCGGCGAUGAUUUGAACGGUUGUUUCGUGGUGGGCGUUGAACUGUUUGCGUUGAACAGAACGUCGACGCUGGAGAGUUGCUUGACCAUCGCUUUGUACGAGAAUUCCCAUCCAAAAUACGUGCAUCGAGUCACGGACGAACAGUUUCUGAGAGGUGGAGAACACGUUCCCGUCUUCUUUCGUGAUUUUUUGCCGCACUCGACGCGUGAACGCGCGGAUUUGAUUCGUCGCGCGCGUCGAUUGGUACCGCGCGUAAAGUUGAAUAGAAAACUUAUCCAACACGAAAAAGUUAGAGUCAGUGAGAUUAAAUUGGGAGCGAGCGACGCUGGAUUGAUCGACCUCUUCUUCUCCGAUUACGUGACCGCGUCGUUUGAGUUGCGUCGCGACGAAAACAUCGACGAAACGCCCGACGAGAACAGUUGUAGCGAUAGCGAUGAAAGCGAUGAAAUCGCCGCCGAGAAGGAAGAAUUGGACGUUUUCAACGGCGACGACUUUUUAUUGUUGGCUUAUUUUCGCGGUAAAAGAGAUCCGUAUGAACGAUCUGGCGACGAGAUUGCGCCGUUCGCGACGCACAGACUGAUCAACGUACGAACGUUAGAGGACGUGUGGUUGAGUCCCGGUCAUUUCGCGCGGCUUUGCCGCUACAGAAGAGGAGAUUUGUUGGUGGACAUAAAAGACGCGUUGAAGAAAGCGUUGGUGGACAUAAAGACCAGGACGGGAAAAACAGAUUCUGGUUUGAUUCGUUCGAUCGAGUUGCGAAGAAACGCUCGAUUCUCGUUGUGCAUCGGAUCUGGUUCGUGCAUGAGCGCGGUCGAAGCGCUCAAUCGUUCUCCGAUUAUUCCAAGCAACGGGAGGAGGAGGAUUUUUAUAUGCAUAGAUCCACAUAUCAGUGCAUUGGCUUCUCCGGAAGCGUGGGCGCAUCCUCAAAUCGUUUUUGUGAGUUGCAAAAUCGAAGACAUCAACCCGGCGCAUCUCCCGCCCGAAGGCAUCUUUCGCUCCAUCGGUAACGCGCCGGAGUGUUCGCCGUAUUCAAUAGCAAAGUUCCCGGCACUCGCGGCGAGGAUAAAAGAGCUUGGCGAGGAGGAGGCAGCAUUGAUUUUACAAAUGGAAGUCGACGACGCAAACGUCCAAGUGCGCGCCGCGGUGGACAUCGCCAAUUAUUUAGUGAUUUGUCUGUGGAUUGAAAAUCCAAAAGGGAACGAGAAAGCUGGAUUGUGGAACGAAUAUUCCCCUUUCCUCGGAUGCGCGUACGACGUGCACGCCAUUUCCUAUUGCAAAUACGGGAGAAAAUAUCGAAAAAACACGGUCAUUUUAGAGAACUGGUUUGCAUUGAAGCUCCGGCCGGAGUGCGCGGGAAGCACUAUGUGCAAACACAAACGAGUCCACGACCGACACGCCGAACACUGCAAAUUCGACGGCGCCGCGCGAAGCGAGAACAAAAUCCAUCCCCGGUUAUUAGUUCAAUCCAUCGACGCGCAGAUUGAAUCGUUUUACGAAAAGUGUUCCGCGUUGCAUUCGUGA